AACCGCAUUUCUCAUCCUACCUAGUUCAAUUUCCUGCUGGUCAGGCUGACAGUGUGCAGCUGCAGUACAAAACCCUAAAGUUCCAUUCUGCAGCUUAGUUAACGGUGCUCUGACGUUGUUGGAAUACCAGAAGCUCCCAGUAUCUUAUACGGAGUAUAUAUAUAGCUGAGGGCUUGAGCGGUUCGACGCCGACUGUUGGAAUUCUGGCUCUAUUGCAGAGUUUAUCGCAGCUCAACCCCUUUUUUGCACACUUGGGCAGCCUUUCUUUCUUAGUUUAUAAUAAUAGUUUUCAAUUUAUCUGUUGUGGCUGCUAAAGAGCCUUUCAUUCAUUCGAGGAUGCAUUCUACCUAAUUUUAUCUUGGAUAAAGCUUCCUUUCUCCGAAAAUAGAAGAGAAAAACACAGCUAAGAAACUAUUAUUACCUUGCCCCUUAGAAUGGGGAGCCAGGACUUAAGGGAGAGCGGAGUAGUGGGAAAUGGGGUUGGUGCAACUUCUUUUCCCAGUGCUGAAUCGGAGCAAAUGGCAGAUGAUGCAACGGAAAGCAUGAAUUUGGGUGAUGAUAUUUUGCAGGAUCUUGAUUUGUACUGGGAUGACAUUAAUGGCCGGUUAUUGGUGUCACGGAUGGUUAAUGAUUCUGUCAUUAAGGGGAUGGUGGGUGCUGUAGAACAAGAAGCGGCAGAGAAAGUCAGGGACAAGGAAAUGGAGAUGGCCAAGUUGAAAGAACAUUUUGACUUUCAUGUCACUGAAAUUAAUGGAGUCGAGUUUAGAGGAUCACAUGUGUUAUCAUCAAAUAAUCCAGAAAGUGCGCAACACAUUGCCUUAUUGGAUGGAUUUACUUUGGAUGGGAAGAAGAUGGACUCUUUGACUGGGCUAAGAAAUUUAGUAAAAGAGCAGUUUGAGAAAAUUAAGAAUGACAUGUAUGAGGUCAAAGACCACAACUCGCUCAGGAGGAUAGGCUCUGGGUCUGAGUUGGUUGGGUUGGGUGGUAUUCUCCCGGAAAAAGAAUCUCAAAGCUGGGUUCAUGUGGACAAAACAAUAAACAACCUUGAAACGACUGUUGAUAGUAUCUUUGGUUGUGUGGAUGACAUACUUCAAUUGUCAAAGGUAUCAUUUUUUGAGUUCAAAAUGGAGAAAGACCUGCAAAGAAAGGUUGAGAACAUGGUGACACAGAAUCUUUGGAGGAGUUUUCUAGAAGAUUUUGAGAACCAAAUAUGGGGUCAAAACACUCAGAUGUGCGCCAUGCAGCUUGAAAAGCUCAGCGAAAUCCGUAGCUUACGUGCUGACUUGGUUGGUAUUUUAAAAUUAUUGUCUAGCACAGAAGGUGGGAAUUUGACAUCUCUUGGAUCACAUGAUAUGGAUGGAUUUCACAAUAAGAUCUCAAGAGACCAUGGUAUGUCUUCAAAGUCUCACGAGGGAAAUGAUAAAGUAGAACAUUCAAGAACUGAUGUCCCCCACAGCUUUGAAGCUGCACAGUUGAAGCACUUGUCAAAGGAGGCUCUGGUAAGCUACUUUAGUGACAUGAUUACAAAAAUGAAGAGAGACCAUGAGUCUAUUUUGCAAGAAAAAACAGAAGAAUUGUUUACUCUAAAGGCAGAAUUCCUAAGACUUAGGGAAAGAGGUUCAAAUGUGUCACACAGGAAGGACAAGGAACUUGAUGUACUCAGGAAAAAGAUACCAGAAAUUCUUUCAAAACUUGAUGAUAUCCUUUUGGCGAAUGAGAAAUGUCCUCCAAUCCACUGCAAGGAUGAAAAUGUAUGCAAUUUGAAGAAUAGGCUCGAAAGCCUUCUUUCUGAAAACUGUCGUCUUAGAGAUUCUCUAGCAAUUAAGAAAAAUGAAUUGAAGUGUCUUUCCUCCAGGGUUUCGGAUGCUUCUGAGAAGAUGCUUAAGCACUCUAUGGAUGAAACUAAAAUGCAAAGACUUGUAGACAAUCUCAAUUUGAUCGUUGAAGAUGUAGGUAUAGAAUCUUCAAUAAGAGAGGAAGUAUAUAAAUGUUUCAUGAGGGAUCAUAUGCAGCUUCAUUUGUCGAAAGAAAUUUAUGAUACUAUGUCCAGAGAAGCUGGUGUAGAAGCUGAAAGCACUUGCAUAGUUGAAAUGGAAGAUUCAGACUGCGAGUCCUUGAUCAUGCAAGAAAUGUAUGCAGUGAUUUAUGGUGAAGCAAUCGUGACUCUUGAAAAAAGUAUCAAAGAGUUAUAUGGAGAGUAUUUAAAGGAACGCGAGACUCGAAUUUCUCUACAGUUGCAAGCUUCUCAAAGGGAAAAUGAGUUUACAUUGGAGGCUGAUGAGAAAAUCAAGUUGAAGGAAGAACUAGUUGCAUUGAAGAAGUCAUUGGACGAAAAAGACAGAAUGGCGAGUGAUAUUUCAACUGCAUUAGCAAAGGAGAGGGAUCAAUUUGACCUUGUAUCUCUAGAGCUGAAUUUUCUAAGAGAACAGGUGACCAAGCAGCAAAGUUUAGCUUCUGAAAAUGAUGUGAAAUUAGAUCUUGUGAAGGGUCAACUGCUACAAGCAUUAAUAGAAAUUGAAGCAUUUAGGGAUGAAGCAAAACAAAAGGUGGACGAGUUGAACGAAGCUAAUCAUCAAAGAAGGAUGGCACUUGCUCUUUCUGAGGAGAAGCAAAGCAAUUUGUUAUUACUAGAAUCCAGGGAAGAAGAAUUAAGAAAAAAAAUGGAAGUCAUAAAAGGGAUUGUAUGUGAGCUUUCAACAAUGUUUGCUGGUUUUGAGUUCAAGGUGACUGAGAGAAUCAGUGAAAACAAAUUUAGAUUGGAACAUUCACAAGGCAAGUUGAAAUCACUUGUCAAGAAAGCAAAUUUGCUUAGAAAAAGGGAUUUAAUCUGUCAACAAUCACUUGAAAAGAGAUCUUCAGACCUUCAAAUGGCCGAGGCCGAGGUUGAUCUUCUUGGCGAUGAGGUGGAUGUACUUUUGGGCCUGCUUGAAAAGAUUUAUAUAGCACUUGACCAUUACUCACCUAUUCUACAGCACUAUCCCGGAGUCAUUCAAAUCCUGAAGCUGAUCAGAAGGGAAUUGGGUGGAGAAUAUACUAAAGCUGUGUAAUUGUUUCAUCUGUGAGAAAAUAAAUAUAUAAGUAUUACUUCAAGAAAUCUUUCCGACUGAUGCCUCAAGCAACUCCGCUCAACAGGAAUGGAAGGUGUAAUGCUAUCCUUUUAACCAGUCGAAGAAACUUCCGCUUAUUUUUGUUUGUAUACGGGAUCUUUCAAGGGAUUGUCUUCUUUAGGGAAUUACGGGUUUCUGUAUAGAGUUUACAUGUUUACCUUCCAUAAUGAAAUAGAAGCAGAUCGUUAUAUAUUUCACUGCACCUGAAUACUUUUCUUUUUGUUUUGUAGCUGUGACUCCUGUGAGAAGCUUUUUUAUUUGAAUAUGAUCUGUUUAAAAAAAUUAGUCCUUUUUAAAAAGGCAUGCGUGUGUCCAAGCAAACAAGCAUAAAUCAAUAAAAA